CACAUUUUAAAAAGCAUCUGUCUUCAGCACUGAAAGAUUUACCAGAGAUGCCCCGCUCCUUCUUGGUGAAGAGUAAAAAGGCGCACAGUUACCACCAGCCCCGGGGCUUUGAGGAUGACUACAGCAGGCUGGACACGAUCCUGGCGCACAUAUGCUCAGACGGAGAUAAACUCCCGGAAGAAGACACGGACACAUCGAUGGACAGGUACGACCUGUCUCCGGACAUCCACCUGAGCGAUGCUCCAGAUUUCUCCCCCAAGUCUCCGCUGAGCUGCGCCGACAGUCUGUGCCCUCGCUCCCCGGACUACGAGGACUUCUGGAGGCCUCCGUCCCCCUCCGCCUCACCGGUUGAUUCGGAGAAAUCUCUGUCUCCGCUGGUGGACGAGACUCAGCCCUUCGCUGUUCCCUUCCGGCCGUACGCCUGGAACAGCAGCUACCCGGGGCCAGAGCUGAGGCCUCCGGUGCAGCCAAGCCUGCACACGGGCAUAGAGGUAGAAAGAGGCCCGGCUGCGAUGGGCUUCUACGGGGACAGAAGCGCGCACCAGGCCCUGUAUGCAGACAGAGGUCUGGGAGAGAAGACCUUUGGUAGCUACAGGAGGCACGCUGCUCUGCUGUUUCCUGAGGCAGGCCUGCACGGGAAAAGCCACAGCGUGAGCGGCCAGUCUGACCUGCUGUGCUCCAGCCUCCUCCUGAGCGGAGCCUUCAAGUGCGUCAAGUGCAGUAAGGUGUUUUCCACUCCGCACGGUUUGGAGGUGCACGUCCGGAGAUCGCACAGCGGCACCAGGCCGUUUGCAUGCGAAAUCUGCGGCAAAACUUUCGGACACGCAGUGAGCCUGGAACAACACAAGGCCGUGCACUCUCAGGAAAGAAGCUUCGACUGCAAAAUAUGCGGUAAAAGUUUCAAGCGGUCUUCAACUCUGUCGACUCACCUGCUUAUUCACUCCGACACGCGGCCGUACCCGUGCCAGUACUGCGGCAAAAGGUUCCACCAGAAGUCUGACAUGAAGAAACACACCUUCAUUCACACAGGUGAGAAGCCGCACAAAUGCCAGGUGUGCGGGAAGGCGUUCAGCCAGAGCUCCAACCUCAUAACGCACAGCAGGAAACACACCGGAUACAAACCUUUCGGCUGCGACCUCUGCGGCAAAGGUUUCCAGAGGAAGGUGGAUCUGAGGAGACACAAGGAGACGCAGCACGGCCUGAAAUGAACUCACAAUCACCGACUGCAGGGCGUUUAUUCCGGGGAAGCCGCUCCCUCAGUCGUCCAACCAGAGGACACAUUUUUGGCUUUGUUUCUCAUGUAUCUUAUUAAAAGCGCAUCGAAUAUAUAUUUAACGGCAGGUGAUGUUUUAAUUUAUUUUUAUUAAGAAAACGAAACCGAGGUUUCACGGACAGUGUGGAGACACUAAGGACCCCAGCCCACUGCGGAAUGUUACCGGCUCAGAACCAGAGAUAAGCUGUGGACUUUAAAAUGUCUGACAUGUAUAAAAAUAAAUGUGUUUAUGCCCUAAACCCAAAAUAUUAGCGGUCACACCUCAAUAACCGGCAGAGCCGCAAAGACAGACGCACGUCUGCGCGU